AUGUCCACUGUUAUAUCCUGGAAAAAACAAUACGAUCACCAGUUGAAGACGGACUACUACAUCAACACGUCCACUGGCUCAAUAACUUUCGAUACUCCAUCGGAAGUGCGCUCACCAAAGAAAGGAAAGAAGUUUGCAAUUUCCUGUAUAUUGAAACAAAAAUGGUCAAAGUUGUCUCUUUGUCGCUCCAAGUCUAAUAACUCCAAUAAUAAUAAUAAUAAUAAUAAUAAUAAUACUGGCUCGAUCGGCUCGGAUGCCUCCCAAAAUGAUGUCGACGAUGAAAAACAGUCGGCGGAUGCUUCGGAACAAGGAUCAAUGGAAUACACCUAUUCUGCCCCAUUGAUCUUCAACACGAGUCAUCAUGACGAUGAGUCGGUAAUUAGCUUUGAAUCAUAUGUUUCAUCCAUCGAUGAAUCUAUGAUCCACGAAACUGCCAACCAAUUCUACAAUGGCGGAAGAGUUUACGAAGAAGACAAGGAUGAUAACAGAUCAUUGACAUUAAUGAGCCCAGACGAUUUCGACCAUGAUAUAGUCUCGGCAGCUAACUAUUUCGGAGACUACACCAGAGAUAACAUUGAUGACUACGAUAGUGAUAUCCAAAGUUUACAUGACGACGAAGAUGUACUGAGCCCUCACUAUUUCUACUCCCCUGGCGCUGUGGGUAUGACUCGAGAAUCCACUAAUAGUACCGCUGACGAAGAUUAUACUAUGCUAACAGAGAACCAAUUAAUCCAUUCCGAUUUGUUGAGCAAGCAGUUGAAUCGCGAAAUGUUGAGGUUCGAGGAGGAAUAUCUCGGAUAUUGA